AUGGCCCAUCUAUUGUGUUACAAUUCAUUCUUCCAAUUCAAAGGUAGCGUGUACACGCAAGGAAGAGGAGUCCCUAUGGGUAGUCCGAUCUCUGGGGACUUAUGCGAGAUGGUGGUUAGACUACUCGAAGCUAAGGUCCUACCACACCACCUUCACAACAUCAUUUUAUACAAGAGAUAUGUUGACGAUAUUAUCAUAUUAUGGAAAGAAAUACCGGACAUAAAGGCGUUCGUCGACACAAUGAAUAAUAACACAUAUGGAUUAACCUUAGAAAUAGAACAAGCGCACCAAACGAAUAUACACUUCCUGGAUAUUGAUAUCAAGGUAGAAGAGUCGGUAAUUCAAACGGCAGUAUACCGUAAGCUAGGAACAAAAGGUAUAUACAUACCAGUAGGGUCAUGUGACCCACCGCAAUAUAAAGUGGCACCAUUUAAGGCUCUAAUUAAGAGAGCACACACACACUCUUCUACCGAGCCAGCCCUACAAUCAGAGCUAGGAUGUAUACAAAGAAUAGCCGAUGAACACGGAUACGGCAGACUCGUAAGCAAGUUAUGGCAUGAGUAUCAAAACACAACUCAAGACCUUCCGCUAAGAGAAGAACGACAAGAUAUGGAUAAGAUCAUUCCGGUCACUUAUAAUCCGUAUAUUGGAAGAAUAUAUGGAGAAAUAGCUAAAAAGAACCACAUACGUAUAGCAUACAGAAGAUGCGCUUCGAUCUUCAACAUCCUAACCAACGGAAAAGAUCAACCGGACAAGGAUAAGCUGUCAGGGGUCUACAGCAUACCGAUUAUAGAUCGCAGAUGUGAUAAAAACCUUCUGUAUGUGGGCUCCACCNUAAAAUUAAAUUUAUGCUAA